GUCGGCCGGAGGCCUCCUCCCCGGGCUUCGCGGCGCCGUGGGAAUGCGGGCGAGGCCCGUGCGCGCGUGAGCGACGAUGGGGACGCAGGGCAGCCCGGUCAAGAGCUACGACUACCUGCUCAAGUUCCUGCUGGUGGGCGACAGCGACGUGGGCAAGGGCGAGAUCCUGGAGAGCCUGCAGGACGGCGCGGCCGAGUCCCCGUACGCCUACAGCAACGGGAUCGACUACAAGACAACCACCAUCCUGCUGGACGGCCGGCGGGUCAAGCUGGAGCUCUGGGACACCUCGGGCCAGGGCCGGUUCUGCACCAUCUUCAGGUCCUACUCGCGGGGUGCACAGGGAAUCCUGCUGGUGUAUGACAUCACCAACCGCUGGUCCUUUGACGGCAUUGACCGGUGGAUCAAAGAGAUCGACGAGCACGCACCCGGAGUCCCCCGGAUCCUGGUGGGGAACCGGCUGCACCUAGCCUUCAAGCGGCAAGUUCCAACAGAGCAGGCGCGCGCCUACGCGGAGAAGAACUGCAUGACCUUCUUCGAGGUCAGCCCGCUGUGCAACUUCAACGUCAUCGAGUCCUUCACUGAGCUGUCCCGCAUCGUGCUCAUGCGGCAUGGCAUGGAGAAGAUCUGGAGGCCCAACAGAGGGCGCUCCUACUCGCUGGCCAGUGGGGCUGGGGGCGGCGGCAGCAAGGGCAACAGCCUCAAGCGGUCCAAGUCCAUCCGGCCGCCGCAGAGCCCCCCCCAGAACUGCUCGCGCAGCAACUGCAAGAUCUCCUAGCCGCGGGGGGCUCAGCCUGGGAAUGCUCCUGGCGGGCUCUGGGCCCCGUGCUGUGUGUCGGGGACUUUGGCCACACAGCCCCUCCUGGGAGGCAUGGGGGACGCACCUGGUAGGCUGGUGGUCUCGGCCAGACCAGCUGCACAGGACAGCGGGGACCAUGCUGUGCAGAUGCUGGCGGAACACGCCGGGACCCCGAGGAGCGGCUGAGAAGGGCCCUGAGGAGGCUGUGCCUGGCGAUGGCCUGAGGACUGGGGCCAGGCCCCCUUUCUUAUUUAUGUAAAGGAUGGUUGACCCGUUUUGUACAUUUUUAAAGGACCAGCAGGGAAGCCUCUGUGCAGCCACGCAGUGAGCGCACAGCUGCUGAGGGGACGAGCCCGGGGACACUGGGGGAGGGUGGUGAGGCUGAGGCCAGAAGAGAGCCACCAUCCAGGCUUGAGUCUGAACUCACAGUGCACUUCACACGGGGCAUGGCCAUGGGGUCCAGCGGGGGUCACGGGGACCCCCAGCUGCACUGUCGGCCUCUGAGCAUGGUGGUCGGUGUGCCUGCCCCAGGAUGCUGGGCUGCAGCUUCCAGGGCUCCCACUAGCCCUCCUGGAGGACAGUCCUGACCUGUGGGAUCAGGGCUAGGGGUGACUCAGAGGUCUCAGGUUUCUUGGAAAAGGAAGUGGGCAUACCCCCAUGUCCCUCCCCCGUGCCCUCUCCCCACUCGGGGGCUGGCAGCCUUGUGUGAUUCUGCACCUUCAGUUCCGUUUGUACCUGUUGCCACGUGAAGUUGGCUUGGCCUCUCUCCGAAUUGAGGACACAGCUGUUUGUAGGCAGGCAGUGCUUGCUGGGCCAUGAGGCCAGGGUAGGUCUGGGCCGAGCCAAUCCCACUUGCCCUGGAGUUUCUAGACCCUACUCUGGCCAGCUUCAGUUUCCUGACCUUGGGUGGGAUCCCAUAGCUGCUCCUCACCCAGACUCACCUCUCUGUGAGGUCACACGUCACAAGAACCUUCCUCGCCCGUUUUUUCGUGGUGGACACUGAGCCCCUCCUCGAGGACCCACCAGCCAGCCUGAGCUGGAAGCUUAGCUUCCUUCCGUCCACCUGGCUGGUGACGUGACCACAGGUCACACUGGUGCUCAACUCUACCUCCUGCCUGUGGGCUCCUCCCUGGCCUGUGACCCCUUGAUCAGGACUUCUGUGGUGGGUGCCCCGGGGGCUGCUGUCCUGAGAGGUGAGGUGGGGGGGGGGCCGCAGCAUCUGUGGACGGGUGCCCGGCUGCCAGCAGGGCCUGCGGAGGAGGCCCACCCUUCCCGUCUGCCAGUGGGCACCCCUUUGGACUGUUUGGAGGGAACGGACGGCCCUGCGUUCACCGUGUCAACACUACCCCUGCUGCUGUCCAUAGUUGCUGGACGGUCCUGCAUUCACCGUAUCAACACUACCCUUCGCUGCUGUCCACACCCGCACCAUUCCUGGGCUUGUCUUGGGACGGUUUUCAUUUCUUUGUUCAGUAAACAUAAUUCAGCUCUGGUCUCUUGGCUGCAUUGGGAGGGAAUGAAGGUCUGGCUCUAACGGGCUGGGCUGGGUGGCAGAUGGCACUGCAGACGGCUGCUUUGUCCUCAGUCUCUUCCGCACCUGGGGUGUCUCCUGGUGUUUGGACCAGACCAGGCUCUUGGGACCCUGCCUCUCAAGUCAGCAGGUCAGACGCAGGGCGGCAGGAUGUUUUCCUGUAGGUCUCAGAGUGGGUAGUCCAGCGCCUGGGCCCUGAUCUGCCCCUGCCCAUGAGGGGCUUCCUGCCUGCUGGGAGGGUGACUCCCUGUUGCGGGGCCUAUAGGGGACGGGCCAUGGCCUUUGGGUCCUGGCUGUUCUUAAGCUCUCCUGGGACUCUUCUCAGGGUGCUCCUAGAUGCCCUUGGUUUCUCUCAGGACUGCACGGCCCCACGUAGGGCCAUACAUGGCCACUGAGUCUCAAGUCAGUACAAGUAAACACUCAGCCUGUCUAGUG